CAACAGUCACGGUUUCAGGCGCGGCGUCAACCAGCUGAGGCGGUGCUUUAUCCAGCGUCACGGCCACGAUGUACAAGCACUCCCACUUCAUGGCGCAUUCCAGCAAUGUGAAUUGCUUUCGCUUUGGUCGAAAAUCGGGGCAAGUGGCGGUGAGCGGUGGCGACGACACGAACGUCAACUUGUGGCGCAUUCGCGAAAACGAAACGAAGAAUAUCAUGAGCCUUGUGGGCCAUUCCAGUCCCGUGGAAUGUGUGGUAUUCGACCCGUCCGAGAAGAAGGUCGUUGCAGGGUCCAAGUCUGGCGCGAUCAAGGCAUACGACAUGGAGGCUGCGAAAGUGUAUCGAACACUGAAAGGCCACAUGUCCAACUGCACUGCUAUCGACUACCACUUGUACGGCGAUUACGUCGCGUCGGGCGCGCUCGACACAAACGUCAAGAUCUGGGACCUCAAAACAAAAAACUGCGUACAGACGUUCAAGGGGCAUCGCAGCGAAGUCACAUGCGUGAGCUUUACGCCGGAUGGGCGAUGGCUGACAUCCGGGGACGCGGACGGGUCACUCAAGAUAUGGGACCUCACGGCAGGGAAGCUGCUGAAAGAAUUCAAUGACCACAACGGCGCCAUCGUGUGUUUGGAAUUCAAUCCAGAGGAAUACAUUUUGCUGUCAGCAUCCACGGACAAGACCAUUCGGUUUUGGGAUGUCCAGGAUUUUGCGCUGCUCGGACUGACCCCGACGGAUAAUGCUGUGACAACGUCCAUCUCGCAUACGGUGAGCGAGCCAUACAGUGGCAAGUUUGCCCUGUGUAGUUCCCAAGAUGCUAUCAGAGUGUGGAGCUACGACCACGCCGUCCAAUGUCAUGACACGUUGCCUUGGAAUCGAGACUCUAUCCACAGCGAGCGACUCGGCGACACCCUUGUCACAGACAAUCUGCAGCUCUUUGGAGGAUCCUUCAACAACGCAUUCGUGUCGGUGUGGCGGGUCGAUUUGGCUCAGCUCCAGCCGUUUGUCCCUCCCAAACCAAUUGCCCCAUCACGCCCGGCGCCGCCCCUCGUCGGGUCCAACGCCUCUGCGUACUCCAGCCGAGUAGACGUAAAGCCGUCAACACCUGCUAGCGGUCCAGCGCCGCCCCUUCACGCUUCAGCUCAUUUGCUUCCACCUCGAGCAUCCAGCCCUGCUAUGAACACCAGCACAGCGACACAAAUGGGACCUGAUACGAUUAAGCGGUUUUCUAUCGACGAUGCAGGCCAGCUUUCAGACAACAAAAUGCCACCCCCAGCGGCCAUACCUGACAACGCUGACCAAAGCAGAGGAGACGAUGCAGUGCCGCCGCCGCCGCCGGCCACCAAUGUCGACUACGUCAAGGAGCUUCGCUGCGGCAUGGAAGGGUGUAUUCGCACGAUGCGGUCGCGACAAAAAAGUUUGGACCAGUUCAUGACGUACUGGGGCAAGGGCGAUGUCCACGGUGGAUUUCGAUACCUCGGACAGCUGCCCACUGGCGGUCACCGUGAGGCGAUGACGCACGAUAUCCUGGGAGCCAUUGACAUCACCACGAUCGGGCUAGAUUUGGAAGGAUGUGUCCUGGUGCUUCCACUUGCAUCCGAGUUGGUUGCGACGCCGUCUAGCUCGUACAUUGCAACGGGCGUGGCAGUGGCCAAGAUGCUCGUCGGGUCGUUCGGGCCACUCGUGCGGGACAACCGGGAAAGUCGCAAGAACAGCCGAGAGAUUAACUUUGCCAGCGAAGACAGAGCGGCGCGUUGCGAUGCUUGCUUUCAUGCAUUUGUCGACCUACAGAGGCACGUUCAGCGCGUGCUUGACACGGCCGGCAGCAUUGGCAUCCAGCCGACCGUUCUGCGCGACGUCCAAGAGUUCCGAGGGCUCCUGUCCGAGUACUGCUGGGUCGCGCCGUGACCGCUCAGUCGGGACGGCUGGCAUUUCAACGGACAACGAUUGAAGCAAACAUCCAUUGAGCCCGAGUUUAAAUCUUCAACGACGUUUGCCCUUCGAGAUGCAAAAUGUACGACGACAGCUUGUGCAAGUGAUCCAUGUCGGACGGCAAUGGGUCGACGGGCGCGCGAUCUCCAGCAUGUUUUGGGAAGGCAAGCGUCCCCUUGACGUCCCAAUGAUGUGACGCACAGUCUACGCGACCGAGCGCUUGGGCGACGACUGCAGUCGACACACUGGUGUACGCGCGGGACAACAACGAGGCAUUGUACUCACGGAUUGACGUUUUCAAUGCAGCAACGAUCGCUUGCACGUUUACCUGCAACGGCAUUGCGUCGAGCGCUGAAAUGGCCGCAUAGGCUUGUCCAAUCUCUCGCUUCCACAACGCUUGACCGACAGCCCAAAUUUCCACCAGUUCAUCCGUCUUACUGGCGCUCGGAAUGCGUUUCCAGAGAUACUUGGCACGGUUUAAUUCUCGGCGCGUCAAGACGCUGCGAGAAAGAUCGCGUACAAACACGACGGCAUUGGCGCUGGCGCGUAGCUCCACGACAGAAGCUCGAGCUCUUCACAUAGCACGACAAGCUUCUCCGUAUCCAGAGACCCAUUUACCUGGCGGGAGUUGAAUAUAUCGUUGAUGUGCCGCUCAAUGUCCAUCGCGGCGUUGAGAUACUGCGUCACCAUGA